GUUUAUUAAAUUUUGCCGCGCUUUCGUAGCGUUUGGCCGUUUGACGAACGUCUGAUUGACGCCAUUUUGUUUUUCGCUCAACCGCGUUGUUCUGUUUCAUGUUCACAAAUUUUAUUUUCGCGAUACAAGAAUUAUAAUUAGAUCAGUGGUGAUAUUUCAGUUUAAUUCCUGUUGCUUGUAUUGUUGUGAUCGACAUGUCUGAUCGAGAGAGAAGUCGCUCGAGGACACGCAACGGUUCCCGGGAGCCAGCUCCGAAGCCACCGACGAUGUCGAGGGGUCAUAGCCGAAGCCGGUCUAGGACGCCGCCUCCGCCAAAAUCAUCCAGCAGAAAGUAUAGGAGCCCGACCCGGUCCCGCUCGGGUUCGCCGCGGCGCGGGUACCGUUCGCGGUACUCGCGCAGCCGCUCCCGAUCCUACUCCCCUCGCGGCUCUUACCGCCGCUCGCACUCCCACAGUCCUAUGUCCUCCAGGCGCCGCCAUCUUGGAGACAGGGUGAGUGGUGACAUUGGAGAUAGGGAGAAUCCAACACCAUCCCGCUGCCUUGGAGUAUUUGGUCUCAGUCUGUAUACAACUGAACAGCAAAUAAAUCACAUCUUCUCUAAAUUUGGUCCAGUUGAGAAAGUACAAGUUGUCAUUGAUGCAAAGACUGGACGUUCGCGAGGUUUCUGUUUCGUUUACUUCGAGUCUCAAGACGACGCGAAGGUGGCUAAGAAUGAAUGCACCGGUAUGGAGAUAGACGGCCGACGUAUUAGAGUGGACUUCUCUAUCACGCAGCGCGCGCACACGCCUACCCCGGGCAUAUACAUGGGCAAGCCGACUGUGAGCAGCCGAGGUGACAAUGGAUAUGACAGACGCAGGGACAGAGAGGAGUACUACUACCGCGGCGGCGGCGGCGGCGGCGGCGGGUACCGCGAGCGCGACUACUACCAGCGCGGCUACCGGCACCGCUCGCCCAGCCCGCACUACCGCCGCUCACGCCGCUACGACCGCGACCGCUCCUACUCGCCGCGUCGAUAUUAGUAAGUCGGUGAGGCCUGGGCGACAUAGAUUUUGAUACAACACACCCCAAAAUGUGUGACCGGCUCCGUAAUGCAUUUAUACUGUACCCGCCGGGGCCGGACUUAGGACGGAUAUUGAAAUGGAAAUGACUCUGUAAUAGUUUUAAGUGUUAGCCGCGCAACGCGCCGCACAGUCAGCGUUCUCUUUGUUAGCUCGUAACUACCGUUACACGUCGAAUGACAAGGGUCGUAGUAUAAGUUAGUGCGCCGCGCCUCGUAAGGGCGCGAUCGCCUCUAGAAUGUAAAGUUAGCUUCUAAUAAAGUUCAUACAUAAGUCUAAUAUUGAUUUUGUUUGUUUUGAAAAGGUAUUGAAACAAGAAGUAAAGGAUGAAGUUCCUUGAAAACGUAACUGUGUUGAAGUUGUUCGAAAAUUUUUCUUAAGAAAGUCGUUUUGAAAUGGCCGUUGCCGAAAUUCCCGGACGGCCGAUGGGCGCCGAGAACAGGCGGCGCCGCGAAGCGUUCGCGAGCUUGUCUCCUGACUUGUUUGCGAACGGCUUGUGCGCUGUAGGGAAGCCGAAGCUCGCUCAAGACUCAAGAGAGAAGUCGCGCUCGCGGGCGACACUUUCUAUGUCUGUGCCGUACGCACUAUCUCUCUCUCUAUCGGUGAUCCAUAUGCAUUUUAUUUAUCACAUAGUAUGUAUUUACUGCAUAUUCAUAUAUAUAUGAUAUAUUAUUAUAGAUUUGGUGAAGUAAUUUUAGUGUAGAUUUGUGUUGUGAGCGACUUGUUGAAUAAAUGAUAGUUUUGUAACGUC